AUGGAGGUUGAAACUGUCGAUGUGAGCUGGCUUCACCAUUCGCAGAAAGAUCAACUGCACCGCACCAAAUCCGUAUCUUCAACGGUGAGCGAUAAAUCGAGCAUCGACUCAGAGAGGCCCGCAGCGCGGCAACCCUCGCAAGAAAACCAAUUACAAUCCCGCGGUAACGCCCCAUCUACGAAUUCCACCCACACGAAUGGUACUACGACACCCAGUCACACAAGUGUCCGGUCAGAGGAGAAGGCCCCAAACCAUACGGUUACGCCGGAUCGUAACAGCUCCGGACAGUCGCCGACACCCCAGAAAACUAUACCACGUUCAACUUCGGGGAGAAGAGGCUCCUGGAUAUCAAAUUUGAGCGCCAAGUUUUCCUCUGGUUCUACGCCCCCAUCACAGACAAGUGCGAAGACGAGCCCAAGCGCUCCGAAGACCGCCGUCCAUGGAGGAUCCAAACUUGACUUCCAUAACCCUUUCGGGGCAGCCUAUUCCCCAAAGGUCAAGGAAGAGGAGGAAAAGGAGGAAGGAAGUAACCCCUUCGCGUCAACUUCACCAAAAGGCCCAUCGUUCCUCCACAAUGCUUUGCGCCGAUUUUCUUCAUCUGUCCCAAGUGGAGCGAGCAAGGCAGCCCCGAGUGGUACUGUCUGUGAACGACGUGUGAUGAAUAUCGACCCUUGCCGCGAUAGAUGUAAAAUACCGGAGUUAAACCAGGCGAAACUACGACGCGUCGCUUUCUGUGUCGAUGUUGAGAUUGCCGGAAUCUCUUAUCGGGAGCCCGACGAUGAGACGUCGCCUACGCGAACUGUGGAGCCACCUGUUAUAGAAUCUAAUGGCCAUAAAGGGAAAAAGUCUAAAGAGAAAUCCAAAACGAAACCGGAAACCCAGAAUACCAAAGACGGUCCGACCGCUAAGACUGCGGCGAAGAAAGACCCGAAUGGUGCAGACGAAACCAAAAUUGAGAGUGAAGUGAAAGAGCCGACAAGGAAGCAGGAAAAGAAAAAGCGGUCGGAGGAAGAAAGAAAGGAACGCAAGGAGCGGAGACGGAGGCAGGCGGAGGCUAACGGCAUAGUGCCGCUUCAACUGAAUUAUGCAGAGGAUGACUCUCCGUCGGCCACUAAUCCUCCUCGCCCAAAACCGCAAUCGCAGCCGGUCACGGAUCCUGUACGAAUAUACCGACGAUGCUGCAAGCUGCGCGAAUCUCCUGUUCUCAAGAAGGUGGUUGACCAAAUUUCCUCCCCAUCUUCAACGCUGGCGGAAUCUCCGGGCACUGUCGCGGUUUUGGACCUCAGCAAUUUCCCUAUGACAUAUCAAGACAUUAUUUCAUUCAGUGACUGGCUUGCAAUCGUCCCGGUCCGUAAACUCAUCCUCGACAGCUGUUGUUUGACGGAUCAAUCUGUGCGAGCAAUCCUAGCAGGGCUGCUCUCCACGAAAACAGUGGAAGAGAUGACGUCUCGGCGCAAAAGGAACGGCAAAUCCGUACAGCAGAAGACUUUGAAAGAGGAGACAUAUGGCGUUAUAGAGAAGUUGUCCCUGAAGAACAACCAUAAGAUCGGCCCCGAAGGGUGGCGUCAUAUUUGCCUUUUCGUUCAUAUGUCGAAGUCUUUGCGAGCCAUUGACCUUACAGGUGUUCCGUUCCCGAAGCCACGCGCCGCAGCAAAUGGUCCUGAAGACCCAUCGCAGACCAACAAACCGACCAUUGAUAUUUCGGCUAUCUUCUCAAAUUCUCUUGCGGAGAGAUUUGGUGGUGACCGUCUCGAAGAGUUGCUACUCAGCGAAUGUAACCCUACGACAGAGGAUGUGAGAAAAGUCUGUGACGCAGCCAUUGCUGUCGGUCUUAGAAGGCUUGGUUUCGCGAAUAACGGGCUAACAAGAGAGGGCUUCGAGCACGUUAUUCGCUAUUUGAAAGCGGGGAAAUGCGAGGGUCUUGAUCUCGGUGGGAAUGAUUUGCGGGACCAUCUCGACCUGCUCAUACCCACGCUCGACAAAGACCACCCUCUAUACACGCUGAGUCUGGCAGAUUGUUCGUUGACUCCAGUUGUCAUGCAGCCAUUGAUGCAGGGGCUGGCUCGCCUGUCUCACCUUCAUUUUGUCGACUUUUCCCACAAUCGCGAACUCUUUUCCAGCAAGCCAGAUGCAUUGGCGACAUUUAGGCACUAUCUCCCCAAGAUGUCUUUUUUGAAACGCAUUCAUCUUGCGGAUGUCGAUCUAUCUGCAACUCAUGCAAUUGCACUGGCAGAAGUUCUCCCGGAGUGCCCGAGACUCUGCCAUUUGAAUAUAACGGAAAACCCGACGAUUGUCAAGCUGGCCUCUGCCAGUGAUCCCGCAAGCCAAGAGGAAGCCUGUGCAGUUUAUGCGUCCCUGAUGGCAGCCGUUCGUGUCUCACGAACGAUAAUUGCUGUUGACAUUGAAGUCCCCGGUGCGGAAAGCAAUGAAGUUGUCAAAGCUCUGGCGUCUCAGAUCGUAGCCUAUUCCCUGCGGAACCUGGAACAUGGUGCGCUAGAAGAAGAGCUUCCUGUUACGAUGGGUCCAUCUGCUGAGCGGCAGGUUCCGGUACCAGAGGUCCUGCAACACCUUGUCGGUCACGGUGACGGGGAAGAGGGAGAGGAUGAAACUGACCAUGCUCCAGACGAAGACUACGUUAUUGGAGGCACGGGUGUUGUGAAAGCUUUGGGAGUAUGUCUCGGCACCAUGGAUAAUAUCCAUGGGGACCUAUCCGUUCCCACAAGUGGCACCUCAACCCCAAUAUAUAGGAGACAGAGGCCCCUUAUGACAAAGAGGCCUCAUGACAUGUCAAAGAAUCUGUUGGAGUCGGCUCGGAACAUACGGACUAGACUCCAAUCGGCCCUUGUUCGGGAAGACAGGGCUGGCAAUGACACGAAUUACAGACGUCUACUCGUUCUCGACUACGCGUUGAAUCGGAUAAUUAAACGAUUUGAAGACCAAUUUCCCGAGACGCGCGUUGUAUCUCGACCUGCACCAUCCGUCACACAGGAGACUGGAUCCAAUUCAAGUGAUGACCAUAGCGAGACCGCGACAGCCGUGGGUCUAAUCAGCGACAAUCAUGCGGGUUCUGAGACCGCCAUCGAUGAUGAGGAUAUUGACCAUUAUGACAUUACACUCUCUCGCUCCAGCUCCAUGACGUCUCUGCACUCUCGCGCCAUGACAUCUGAAGAGGGUCAGGUUCACCGUCUGGGUCAAAAUCUUCGUCGUGACUUCCUCAGCCCUUCCCUUGAUCGGCCGUCGGACCACCUGUCAUCUUCCCCAAUUGACGACUCGCACAUCAUUUCUCUUAGGGAGAAGCUGGAACAGCUCCAGAGGGAACAGAUGGCUGCAGGGGAUGGUUUCGAAACAGGCCAUGCAAGCAAGGCGAUUGAAAGGCUUGGGUGGACUGUGGAUGAGCUAUGGGAUACAAAGAAAUGGGACACGGAAGCAUAUACCCGAUUCAAAGAGAGCCAGAUUGCUGCCCAGAUUAAUAGCGGCAUGCGAAAGCCACCCCUGACUGAGGUCGGCAUGAAUGGGACGACGACUGAGCGUAAUGUACAGGAGCGAACCUGA